AUGAGGCUAACUGUAAAGCGUGGGGCCCAGAAUGAGAGCAAAGAAAGGGGGCAGCAGCUUUCCCUUGGGCAGUACACUGGCGUGAAGGCAAAGUGGGGUCAAGUGAUAGCCAAUUGCAACUCUGAUGAGGGAGGCAUAGUCUCUGGCGCUAGCUGCACCAUUGCCCCUGUCACUAUUGCCCAUUACAAAGCCACCGACUGGAAGCACAAGCAGUUUUGGAGGGACUUGGAGAAGUCGGGGGUGCUGGACAGGCUGACCAAGGUGUUGGUCGCCUUAUAUGAAGAACCAGAGAAACCUAAUAGUGCUUUGGAUUUUUUAAAGCAUCACUUAGGAGCUGCUGCCCCAGAAAAUCCCGAAAUUGAGUUGCUUAGCCUAGAAUUGGCAGAAGUGAAAGAGAAAUAUGAAGCCACUGAAGAAGAAAAUAAAAAACUGAAAGCAGAGCUUGCUCAGUAUGAACCACCUCAGGAGGGAAAGGGUGAUGAACAGGGUUCUGCUCAGUUGCAAAGACACUGA